AAUGAAUCUGCAAUCGAUUUCGCGAUGAUCAGUCAGUGGCAAACAAUGAUGGACAACUUGAGCGACAUUUAUUAUCUCGUGCGGUUGAUAAUCCAUCAAAUUUCCAUAUACUUACGGGAUUUGAUCUUGUACAAAGUCUUCUGGAUAGCAACGAGCAACGACAACUUCGACGCUUCGGAUGCGAAACUCCGUGGUAUCACGUUGAGGAACGUUACGACGGAUAUCGUAGCAUUUUCAGUCAUCUGUAUCGUCCUUUUUCUCUUGGUGGUCCUCGCGUCCAAAUGCGAAAAGAGCGAGGGCCAAUUCUUCACACCUGUGGGAAUAGAAACCGUCGCGACAGAUCUCCCGGAGAAUCCGUUCUGCGUUCCGAACACAAGCUCCAGUACCAACUGUUUCCACGCUUGCGGUGAUUCGAUAUUUUCACGGCAACGAGUUCCAAAACGGAAUUUCUCCGACGAGGACGUGGCCAGGGUUCGCUCCUGCGAGACGAGAGCCGCAAGAAUCCCGAAGAAAUCAAUUUUCGGUCUGACCACGAGCCAACCGCAAAAUCCUCAAAGCAUCCAAACCGCUCGCAAAAUGUUCCACAAGAAUAAUCAAAAAUGGUUGAUCAGGCGAACGAGGAGCGGCCACAUAUACGGGAAAUAUCCUGUGUAG